AUGGAAAUUUUAGAUAAUAAACGGGACUUUCCACACAAUGAUAAUAAUCAAAGUGCUUCUUGUUUUAAUAUACAUACCUCACACAUAAAUCAAAAGAAUUUAUACUCAAAUGAGCAGAAUAUAGACUUUAUACUUACGAACCAAACAAAUCCUAGUGAAGUAAGAAGUACCAGUGAAAAUACUGAAAAGCAUUAUCUAACUGACUCAUUAGACUUAAAAAUUCGACAUGGCUUUAUUAGAAGAGUAUACAUCCUUUUGUCCAUCCUUGCAUGCAUAUCUUUCAGUAUCAUCUUAUUUUUUACUUACUAUAAACCUGCCUUUUGGUGGAUAAGUACUCAUUACUGGAUUUCUAUUGUCUGCACUAUAUCAGCUGUGAUACUUGUUAUAUUCCUUGCACUUUUCCCUUCAAUUGCUCAGAACCAUAAGGUUGGAAUGACAGUACUAUUUUCACUUUCAGUCCUUUAUGCAGUUGGUAUAUCUGGAUUAGCUGUUCAAAUUAAUCAGAACUCUGUUAUAAUAGCAUUUACUUCAUCUAUUGGGAUCUUCUUAAUGCUUAGUUUGUUUGCUGCUCAAGUUAAAUAUGACUUUACUGGAUAUGGCCCUUAUUUAGUUAUUGGCCUCUUUGUAAUGCUUAUUUAUGGCUUUGCACUAUUUAUCCUGAAUUUUAAGAGCUUUGCUAUGAUCAUUUAUGGUGCAUUAGGUGUAGUUAUUUCUUCUUUAUAUAUUGUCUAUGAUACCCAACUAAUUAUAGGGGGGAAACACAGAAAGUACAAAUUCUCAAUAGAUGACUAUAUUUUUGCUACUCUAUCACUCUAUUUGGAUAUAGUGAACAUAUUUGCAUACUUGCUUACAAUAUUCAGUACAUUUGAGUGA